AUGGCGUCCUUCUUUGCCCUUGCCAUCCAGCAAUUCCCAAAGGACAAAGAAGGCAAUAAAAGCCGGCCAAGAGGCUAUGUCAGUGGUCUAAUAUUUGGCAUCUCUUUCGCAGUAUCCAUUCCCUUUAUCAUCUUCGCAUUCAACAUUGGGCUCUUCCAGCAUCUGUGGAUCAAGGUUUGGUACAUCUGGCCCAAGUUACUAUUGCUAGGGAUGCUCUCGAUCCUUUCACACCUGAAAAUUUUCGGAAUCGACAAAAUGUCCUCAGGAUGGAAGCGCGGGACCCAAGAUUCUAUGAACAAGUAUGAUCCGAACUAUGGCGCUGGUCUCAUGAACUGGCUGGCCCAGGACAACGUGCGCGAUGCGGAGGACUUCCGGCGAAUGACAAAUGCGUAUGAAAUCCUGCAGACAGAGCACGGCCCACGAGCCAGAAUCACUACACAUCUGGUCUGA